AGCCUCCUCCCAGUACUAAGCCGAACCCCUUCCACCCUAAAUUCUGGCCUCAUUUAAACUUUUUGGCUUGUAGUAGACAACAGUAACCAAGGCCAGGAUUUUAAAUAAGCCAAAUUAUUUUGUAGGAAACUGGUGGAAGUGUGGGAGGUCUGACUGAACCCAAUUUUCUUUCUACAGGAUUCUCUUUUUACAGAUUGCAGAGAUGCCCCUCUCAGGAACUCCAGCUCCUCCCGUCCCGAGGAAAAAACCUUCUAAAAUCAUCACUGACUUGUCCACCAUUACACAGACUGAGGAACAGGAAACAGAAGCGUCUGAACUUGACCUUGGGACCAAGAUUAAGACACCCAAGGAAGUCAUGCUGGAGGAGCUGUCUCUAAUGAAGGGCAAGGGCUCAAAGAUGUUCAAGAUGAGGCAGCAGAGGGUGGAGAAGUUUAUUGUCAGUGCUGAGAAUCUGCAAAAUCUGCAGAAGCUCGCACCUUCUGUAGGCUGUGAAGUGAAGACUCCACCUAAACCACUGCCUAAACCAGAACCACCAAAAGCAGAGGAAUCUGAUCCUGAAGCAGAGAAGCAGAAGUCAGAGAAUGUAAAAACGUACGUAUCACCAUGGGAACGGGCUAUGAAAGAUGAUGAAGAGCUGAAAGCCACAAUGAAGCCACAAAUGCCAGGACCUCAAGUGCACAAGGACCUUCCCAAAUACAAGAGUUUCAAUAAGACAGCUCUGCCCUUUGGUGGAUUUGACAAAGCAUCUCAUUUGCUGACCUUUGAGAUUCCUAAGAUCAAGGUUGCUUCUGAAGAGCCUGAGCCGCUGUCUAUGCUUCAGUGUAACAUCAACUCUCGGCCUUCUUUCAAUCGUACCCCCAUAGGCUGGGUCUGCAGUGAGGAGGCCAGUCAAGUCCUCGUGGAUCUGAACAUUAUCCCUUUUGAUGGAGAGACUGAAGAUCUCUGAGGACCCUGUUGCACUGUGUAUUUAUACCUGCUUUACAAUAUCUGCACAUCUGUCAGAUUUUUCAUUCUUAUGAACGCAUACCCAGGCAUACAUAAAUACACAUAUUGCAGGUAAAUGAUCUGUCCAGUCAUAUGUGCCCAACUAAUAAAGAAGGAACUGCAAAAUGUGUAGAUUUUGCAAGAAAAAA